AUGCACAGUAUAACUGGUUUCGUAGUCUUUCUUGGGGUAGCAUCCCUCUCCAGUGCUGCCCCAGCGCAGUCAAACAUCACCAGUGACGCCUAUUUCUAUGGGCAGUCUCCUCCCGUGUACCCCUCUCCCGAAAGCUCUGGGACUGGAUCGUGGGCUUCGGCCUACAAGAAGGCGAAAAAGCUUGUCGCGCAACUCACCCCCGAAGAGAAAGUCAACUUGACCGCCGGCGUGAGCGCAAACAAUGGCUGUUCCGGAAAUAUCGCGCCUAUUCCUCGCUUGAACUUUCCUGGCUUCUGCGUCUCCGAUGCGGGAAAUGGCCUGCGCGGCACAGACUACGUAAACGCGUGGUCUAGCGGUAUACAUGAUGGUGCAAGUUGGAACAAAAACCUGUCCCGCCAGAGGGCCUUUCAUAUGGGUACCGAGUUCCAUAAGAAAGGGGUCCACCUAUUUUUGGGCCCAGUGGUUGGUCCAAUUGGCAGAGUCGUUGAAGGCGGCCGCAACUGGGAAGGAUACUCGAUAGAUCCUUACCUCAGUGGUGCUUUGGUCUAUGAGACCGUCCGUGGAAUGCAGUCAGCCGGUGUUGCUGCUUCCACAAAGCACUACAUACUCAAUGAGCAAGAGACCUACCGCAACCCCCAGAAACUCGAUGGUCGCAAUGUCGCUGCCCUUUCAUCGAAUGUUGAUGACAAGACUAUGCAUGAGCUUUACUUGUGGCCAUUUGCAGACGCUGUCCGUGCAGGAACAGCAUCCAUCAUGUGCUCGUACCAACGCAUCAACAACUCGUAUGGGUGUCAGAACAGUAAAACUCUCAACGGCCUCUUGAAGACGGAGCUUGGAUUUCAAGGGUAUGUCAUUACUGACUGGGGCGCUCAGCACGCUGGUAUUGCUGCCGCCAAUGCCGGUCUCGAUAUGGUCAUGCCGCAGACACAGAUGUGGGGAUCGAAUCUCACCAAAGCGAUUGCUAACGGAACCAUGAAGGCUUCUCGACUAGACGACAUGGCAACUCGAAUUCUUGCGACAUGGUACCAACUGAACCAGGAUACUGAUUUCCCGGGCUCGGGCGUUGGUAUGCCCAAGGAUCUCAACGAAGCCCAUCAAGCAGUUAUUGGGAAGUCAGCCGACUCCAAGAAUGUCCUCCUGCAGAGCGCAGUCGAGGGUCAUGUAUUAGUCAAAAAUACCAACAACGCCCUCCCACUGCGGUCCCCCAAGCUGAUUUCGGUCUUUGGUUAUGACGCAAAGGCACCUGACACACUACAGUUGGACUUAGGAUUCAAGAGCUUUAGUCCUGCGAUCCAGGAGAACCACACCUUGUAUGUCGGUGGGGGGUCAGGAUACAAUGCCCCAGCAUACAUUAGCGCGCCCUUGGACGCUCUUCAGGAACAGGCGUACCAAGACGGCACUUCCAUUCUUUGGGAUACUGCAUCACAAGAUCCUGAUGUUAAUCCCACCACUGAGGCUUGUCUUGUUUUUAUCAACAGUUACGCGACUGAAGGCUAUGACCGCCCGGGGUUAGUCCACGAGCCAAGCGACGCACUGGUCACAAAUGUUGCCAAUAAGUGUGACAACACGGUAGUCAUUAUCCACAACGCCGGGAUCCGCUUGGUGAACGCGUGGAUUGAUCAUCCGAAUGUCACUGCUGUACUCUUCGCCCACUUACCUGGACAGGAUUCUGGACGGUCAGUGGUCGAUCUUCUCUAUGGUCGAGCUAAUCCUUCAGGUAAAUUACCCUACACCGUGGCAAAGAAUGCCGAGGACUAUGGCAAAUUACUCCACCCAACGCAAGCAAGCGAGCCCUAUGGGCUCUUUCCGCAAGAUGAAUUUGUGGAAGGGGUAUACAUCGACUAUCGCGCAUUUGAUCGGCAGGGGAUUGACCCGCAGUUUGAGUUUGGCUUUGGUUUAUCCUACACAAGCUAUGAAUACUCGGGUUUGAGCGUUGACACAACCACAACCGACAUCAGUCCCUAUCCACCCUUGGCUACCAUUCAAGAAGGCGGGAAUCCCCACCUCUGGAAUGAGGUGGUUGCUGUGUCUGCAGAAGUUAAAAAUACUGGCAAGCGGGACGGCGAUGAAGUGGCCCAGCUGUACGUAGGCAUUCCGAACGGUCCCGUUCGCCAGCUGCGAGGAUUUGAGAAGGUGCAUGUCUCAGCGGGUUCUACGGCCAAGGUUGAUUUCUCGCUCACUCGCCGAGAUCUGAGCACUUGGGAUGUUCAGGCUCAGCAGUGGCGAUUGCAGACUGGCACGUACGAUGUGUUUGUUGGCCGAUCCAGUCGAGAUCUCCCUCUUCAAACACAGUUUACUAUUUAG